UAUGAGGAGGCGAGGAGAUAGUUUCAGGAGAGCUGGCCGUCGGAAGAUCUCGAAUGUAGUCUGGUGGGUACUCUCUGCUUUUGUCCUCUUGCUCUUCUUCCUCCUUGUCUCCAAAGCUCGUCAUAUUGAACCCAGACCCUCCAUUCCCAAGCGACGGUACCGUAAUGACAAAUUUGUAGAGGGUAUGAACAUGACUGAGGAAAUGUUGAGUCCUACUUCCGUUGCUCGUCAAGUUAAUGACCAGAUCGCUCUUGCUAAAGCCUUCGUUGUCAUUGCUAAAGAAAGUAAGAAUCUUCAGUUUGCUUGGGACUUGAGUGCUCAGAUCCGUAACUCUCAGCUGCUCUUGUCCACUGCUGCUACUAGGAGAAGUCCCUUGACUGUCUUGGAGUCCGAGCCUACUAUUCGUGACAUGGCUCUUCUCUUAUACCAAGCCCAGCAGCUGCUUCACUACGAUAGUGCCACUAUGAUUAUGAGGCUCAAGGCCUCCAUUCAGUCUCUUGAAGAGCAGAUGAGUUCCCUUGCCGACAAGAGUUCCAAGUACGGACAGAUUGCUGCCGAGGAAGUGCCCAAGAGUCUCUACUGUCUUGGUGUUCGUCUCACUACCGAAUGGUUUCAGAACCUACAGAGAAAGGAGAGAAGCCUCAGGGCUGCUGAUUCCAACAAGCUCACCGAUAACACCCUCUACCAUUUCUGUGUCUUCUCCGACAACAUCAUUGCUACCUCCGUUGUGGUUAACUCCACUGCUCUCAAUUCCAAGGCCCCUGAGAAAGUCGUGUUUCAUCUUGUCACCAACGAGAUCAACUACGCUGCAAUGAAGGCUUGGUUCGCCAUGAGCAUGGACAACCUCAGAGGAGUCACCGUGGAGGUUCAGAAAUUCGAGGAUUUCUCUUGGCUCAAUGCUUCCUAUGUCCCUGUCCUCAAGCAGCUCCAAGACUCUGAUACGCAGAGCUACUACUUCUCUGGGCACAACGACGAUGGCCGCACGCCAAUCAAGUUCAGAAACCCCAAGUAUCUUUCCAUGCUCAACCAUCUUAGGUUCUACAUCCCGCAAGUGUUCCCUGCGCUCAAGAAGGUGGUCUUUCUUGAUGAUGAUGUUGUUGUUCAGAAGGAUCUUUCCGCUCUCUUUUCCAUCGAUUUAAACAAAAAUGUCAACGGGGCUGUUGAGACAUGCAUGGAGACCUUCCACCGCUACCACAAGUACUUGAACUAUUCCCAUCCCCUCAUCCGCUCUCACUUUGAUCCAGAUGCGUGUGGCUGGGCGUUUGGGAUGAACGUCUUUGAUUUAGUUGAAUGGAGGAAGAGAAAUGUGACCGGCAUAUACCACUACUGGCAAGAAAAGAAUGUGGACCGCACCCUAUGGAAACUUGGCACCCUACCUCCAGGGCUUCUCACCUUUUACGGCUUAACAGAGGCACUCGAGACGUCCUGGCAUAUCCUGGGAUUAGGAUACACCAAUGUCGAUGCUCGUGUCAUAGACAAAGGAGCUGUUCUUCACUUCAAUGGCAACUUAAAGCCGUGGUUGAAGAUCGGCUUAGAAAAGUUCAAACCACUGUGGGAGAGAUACGUUGAUUACAGUCACCCUUUUAUGCAACAAUGCAAUUUCCAUUGAUUCCCUAGGGUCUUUAGUUUUUUUUUUUACUUCCACUUCUUCUUAGUCAGCUAUAUAUACUCUUCCACUUUUGGUUACAGAGAGACACACUUGCUAAAAGAGUUUUCUAUGCUCUAGCACCAUCACUUACUGUAUCUUGUGAAUGUGAUAUUCAAAUUCAAUGAAGCAUCAUCAGCUA